AUUGAUGAGCUGGACGUAUAGACGCGAAUACCCCGACUUUCACGUUCAUAACUUACCUACAUGGCUGUGUUUCUCCUGACUCAUUGGAGGAGGAUAUCAUCUACACCAUGGCAAUCAAUACCCAAAAGACCAAUAUUUACAUUGUGGGCGCACAAUGCACAGGGAAGACCACACUCGUAAACGCCCUUCGAGAUCAUUUUACCAAGACUUCCCCUCAGAAAAAAGACGCUCCGGGAGUCAUCUUGGAAGUAGCACGAUCGGUCCUUCGGAAACAUCAGUUUACUUCAGAUGAUGUUGUUACUCCUGAGCGAAGCUUGGCUCUUCAGGGGCUAAUAUUGAAGGCUCAAGCAGAAGCCGAACGAGCAAUACACCAAGAGGAAGGAUGGUUCAUCUCAGAUAGAUCUGGGAUGGAUCCGAUUGUGUAUGCGAAAAGAUACGUCGGUCAAGAGGCGUUCACGAAUCUGAUGCAGACACCAGAGUGGAAGGAAUUGAAAGAGAGAAUGAGCAAGUCGCUCAUCAUCGUCUGCGAACCAUGUCCCGCAUGGCUUAAAGAUGAUGGUGUGAGACUAAUGCCGAAGGACAUUGAGGAUUGGACUUAUUUCCACGACAUAUUCUGCGAGUCCCUAGACGAAAUGGGAUUGCAAUAUGAAAAUUUGCCUGCGAGGAUGAAUGACACUGAGGAUCGGACUCGAUUUGUCAUCACAAAAUGGGAGGAGGCUGGGAAUAAUCAACGCUAGACAUUUC